CUUCCUCUUCUUCGACUUUUCGAUUCGAUCAUACUCCUCAAAUCUCGCUUCUUCUUCUUCUUCUUCUUCUUCUCUCUCUGCUAUUGUGCAUAUACUUAAUACUUAAAUUCGAUUUGUUUGGUUAACUAAUUGUUUUACCAAUUCGCUUACUCGGAUCCGCUUCUAGUUUUCGCUUUAAGAGCAAGGAAAUGACGUAGAAGAAGAAAGGGUUUUGAAUCUCAAGUUUGGAACUUUAUGGAACUCGUUUGCGAAAAGCAGCUUCAAGACUUUCACCUGAUCAUCAAUUGGGAUGAUUUAGUUUGCCCCAUUUGCCUAGACUCCCCUCACAACGGCGUCCUCCUCCAAUGCUCUUCUUACCAAAACGGAUGCCGUGCCUUCGUCUGCAACACGGAUCACCUCCACUCCAACUGCUUAGACCGUUUCAUCACCGCCUGUUCCACAGACUCACCUCCCUCUCCUGCUCCUGAAGAUGACGACGAUGAGACACUGUCUAAGGUUUUGGAAGAGAGCUGCAAACCAGUGUGCCCGCUCUGCAGAGGAGAGGUCACCGGGUGGGUUGUUGUGGAGGAAGCUCGUGUUCUCCUCGACGAGAAGCACCGUUCUUGCGAGGAAGAGGGGUGUAGAUUUAUUGGAACUUACACCGAGCUUCGCCAGCACGCUAAGUCAGAGCAUCCUGACUCUCGCCCUUCCAAGAUCGAUCCCGCGAGGAAGCUAGACUGGGAUAAUUUCCAGCAGUCGUCUGAGAUCAUCGACGUGCUGAGCACGAUCCACUCCGAGGUUCCGAGAGGUGUGGUGUUGGGAGACUAUGUGAUCGAGUAUGGAGAUGAUGAUGGUGAUGGUGGCACUGGAGAUGAGUUCGAGGAGGGUCCUGGCAAUGAAGGGAGUAGUAGCUGGUGGACGUCUUGUAUACUGUAUAAAAUGUUUGAUAAUAUAAGGAAUGCGAGGAGGAACAGGAGGAGGGCGAGGAUGCUGGGUGAGAGUAGGAGUAGGAGAGGGAGUCGCCGCUCUAGCUAUGAUAAUUCGAACUCUGAUGACAGCUCGGUGGCGUCGUUUGAGUUCCCAGUGUAUAGAGUAGAUGAGAUCGAUGAUGAGUUUGUAACAACAAAUGGACUUAACAGAAGUAACGCUAUGCAUCCAAGGUUCUCUCUGGUUUACAAUUCAAGAAGGCGUCGUUCUCGCUUCUAUGCAAAUUAGUCAGCUGGAAAUUGAAGUUGGAAGCAAAUGAAGCAGACCAGCCUAUUCGUAGCCAGUGUUCUUGGUUUUGGACCUCUGUUUUCUUUAAUUUCAGUACAAAUUUUAUUUAGGUUUGUUUGUCUUGUGACAUGUACUCGCAGUUGCAGCCUUGUACAAAAACGUAAACAAGAAAAAACCAAAAAAGCUUUUUUGGAUAUUGUA